GGCUGUGGACUCGGCGUGCGCCGUUCUUCAGCACGUGUGGCCCGCGCCCUGGGGUCCCUGUCCCGGGGGAAGUCGCGGCGCCCGCCUUCCGCGGCUCGGGCCCUUAGCGUAGCUUCAUUAUGGAGCACCUUUCGGUGGAGCUGGCGGCCGGGCCACUGCGGCUCAUCGUGGCCAGGAACGAGAAGAGCCGCGGCGAGCUGGCCAGGUUCCUGACCCACCAGGUGUGGACACCUCAAGAUCGCCAGUCUAUCCUGAAUACUUUAGCACAGCUGCUCUUGGAUAAAGAUCAUACUGUUUUGCUUGGCCGCCAGUUGCGCCCUAUUCUUUUGGAUUUGCUGGAAAGAAAUGCUGAGGCCAUUAAAACUGGAGGCCAAGUCAACCAUGAUCUACAUGAACGUCUUAGUGUGUCAAUGAGCAAACUCAUUGGUAACCAUCCUGACAUUCUCCCGUUUGCCCUGAGGUAUUUUAAGGACACCUAUCCAGUCUUUCAGAGACUCUUCCUUGAGAGUUCAGAUGCUAAUCCAGUGCGCUACGGGCGCAGGCGGAUGAAACUCCGGGACCUGAUGGAAGCAGCCUACAAGUUUCUGCAUCAAGAGCAGUCUGUUUUCCGGGAACUCUGGGACUGGAGUGUUUGUGUCCCUCUCCUCAGGAGCCAUGACACUUUGGUCCGCUGGUAUACAGCCAACUGUCUUGCUUUGGUCACUUGUAUGAAUGAAGAACACAAGUUAUCAUUCCUAAAGAAAAUUUUUAAUAGUGACGAAUUGGUACAUUUCAGAUUGAGGUUGUUAGAGGAGGCUCAGUUGCAGGACUUAGAGAAGGCCUUGGUUUUGACCAAUCCAGAAACCUCUUUUUGGCAUAAGGAGAUGGAACCACAGUAUAGACAGGGACACCUUGUUUCAGCUGACCUUUCCUCCAAAGUGACGGCUGUCUGUGGUGUGGUACUGCCUAGGCAGCCAUCUAUUCCUGGAGAGCAGGCAGGUGGCAGGAGUUCUCCAUGUGAACAAGACCUGGCUCUAAGGUCCUUUGUGUUGGUUGAGUCUGUGUGUAAAAAUCUUCAGACUCUAGCUGUUGCAGUGGCUUCUCAGAGUCCUGUGUUGCUUGAAGGACCAAUAGGAUGUGGCAAAACUUCCUUACUUGAACAUUUAGCUGCAGUGACAGGUAGAAGGAAACCUCCUCAGCUUCUCAAAGUCCAGCUUGGAGAUCAGACGGACAGUAAGAUGCUGUUGGGGAUGUAUCGUUGCACAGAUGUCCCUGGAGAAUUUGUGUGGCAGCCUGGCACCCUGACACAGGCAGCUAUAAAGGGUCACUGGAUCCUUCUGGAGGAUAUUGACUAUGCCCCAUUAGAUGUGGUAUCUGUGUUGAUCCCUCUGCUGGAAAAUGGAGAACUUCUGCUUCCUGGCCGAGGUGACUGUUUGAAAGUAGCUCCUGGAUUUCACUUUUUUGCAACCAGGAGGCUCUUGAGCUGUGGAGGAAAUUGGUGUCGACCAAUAAAUACUCAUGCUAAUUUACUAGACAAAUAUUGGACCAAAAUUCAUCUGGCCCAUCUGGAUAAGAAAGAAUUAAAUGAGGUUCUUCAGAGUAGAUAUCCAAGCCUGUUGGCAGCAGCUCAUCACUUGCUUGACAUUUAUAUUGAGCUUACCGGAGAGAAACAUCACCAUCAGAGUGAUGGUUCUGUUGGAUGUGAACAGGAAUCACAUGAAGUUUCAGAACCCAAGAAAGAAAACAAAAGACCAGCCCUUGAGGGAAGAGAAUUAUCUCUAAGGGAUCUACUGAAUUGGUGUAAUAGAAUUUCUCAUAGCUUUGAUAGUUCAUCUUCAUCAGCAUCAUUAAGUAUUUUUCAAGAGGCUUUAGACUGUUUCACAGCUAUGCUUUCUGAGCAUACAAGCAAACUGAGAAUGGCAGAAGUUAUUGGAAGCAAACUAAACAUUUCUAAGAAAAAGGCUGAAUUUUUUUGUAAACUCUAUAAACCAGAAAUUGUCAUUAAUGAGCUAGACGUACAAGUAGGUCGUGUGCGGCUUUUGCGGAAACAAAGUGAGGCUGUUCACAUGCAUAAGGAGAAGCAUACUUUUGCUGCUACUCGGCCAUCUUCUGUUCUCAUUGAGCAGCUUGCAGUAUGUGUCAGCAAAGGGGAGCCUGUGUUAUUAGUAGGAGAGACUGGGACCGGCAAAACUUCCACUGUUCAGUACUUGGCUCACGUUACAGGUCAUCGUUUGAGAGUUGUCAAUAUGAAUCAACAGAGUGACACUGCAGACUUGCUUGGAGGUUACAAGCCAGUGGACCAUAAGCUUAUUUGGCUGCCAUUACGAGAGGCAUUUGAAGAAUUGUUUGUCCAGACGUUUUCCAAGAAACAGAAUUUUACCUUUUUGGGACACAUUCAGACCUGCUACCGGCAGAAACGGUGGCAGGAUCUCCUCAAACUAAUGCAGCAUGUGCACAAGUCUGCUGUUACCAAGGCAGGAAAGGAGAGCCAAAUGGGGCUACUGCUGAAGGAAAAAUGGGAAGCCUUUGGCCUUAGACUCAGCCAUGCCCAAGAACAGAUGAAAAUGACUGAAAAUACCCUAUUGUUUGCAUUUGUAGAGGGUACAUUAGCUCAGGCUAUAAAGAAAGGAGAAUGGAUCUUAUUGGAUGAGAUUAACCUCGCUGCUGCUGAAACACUGGAAUGUCUGAGUGGUUUGCUUGAAGGAUCUUCUGGCUCUUUGGUGUUGCUUGAUCGAGGAGACAUAGAACCAUUGGUUCGUCAUCCUGACUUCCGUUUAUUUGCAUGCAUGAAUCCAGCUACUGAUGUGGGCAAAAGAAAUCUCCCGCCAGGAAUAAGAAACAGGUUCACAGAACUUUACGUAGAAGAAUUGGAAAGUAAAGAAGACUUACAAAUUCUUAUUGUGGAUUAUCUCAAAGGAUUGAGUGUGAAUAAGAACACUGUGCAGGGAAUCAUAAACUUCUACACUGCUUUGCGGAAAGAGUCUGGGACCAAAUUGGUGGAUGGGACCGGCCACAGACCUCACUAUAGUCUUCGGACCCUCUGCAGGGCCUUGCGAUUUGCAGCAUCCAAUCCAUGUAGCAACAUCCAGCGCUCACUCUAUGAGGGCUUUUGUUUGGGUUUCUUAACACAGCUUGACAGGGCAUCUCACCCAGUAGUUCAGAAGCUCAUUUGUCAACACAUUGUCUCUGGCAAUGUCAAAAGUCUGCUGAAACAGCCUAUUCCAGAACCCAAAGGAGGCCGCCUUAUCCAGGUUGAAGGCUACUGGAUUUCAGUGGGAGACAAGGAGCCUACAAUAGAUGAGACCUAUGUUCUGACCUCUUCUGUUAAGCUCAACCUGAGAGAUAUAGUCCGAGUCGUCUCUUCAGGAACUUAUCCAGUGCUGAUUCAAGGAGAGACAUCAGUUGGUAAAACAAGUCUGAUAAGGUGGCUGGCCGCAGCUACUGGCAACCACUGUGUGCGUAUCAACAAUCAUGAACACACAGAUAUUCAAGAGUACAUUGGUUGUUACACGUCCAGCCCCUCUGGGAAGCUUGUCUUCAAUGAAGGUGUUCUUAUUGAUGCUAUGAGAAAGGGCUACUGGAUUGUGUUAGAUGAAUUAAAUUUGGCACCCACUGAUGUGUUAGAGGCACUAAACAGACUGUUAGAUGAUAACCGUGAAUUGCUCAUAACAGAAACACAGGAAGUUGUGAAAGCACACCCUCGGUUCAGGCUUUUUGCUACCCAAAAUCCUCCAGGGCUUUAUGGAGGCAGAAAGGUGCUUUCUAGAGCCUUCAGGAAUCGAUUUAUAGAACUGCAUUUUGAUGAACUGCCCAGUUCUGAGUUGGAAACAAUUUUGCACAAGCGGUGCAGUUUGCCACCUUCCUAUUGCAGUAGAUUGGUUAGAGUUAUGUUGGACCUUCAGUCCUACCGUAGAAGUUCUUCGGUGUUUGCUGGAAAACAGGGCUUCAUCACCCUUCGAGAUCUGUUCCGAUGGGCUGAAAGAUACAGAUUAGCUGCACAGACUGAAAAGGACUAUGAUUGGCUACAACAUUUAGCCAAUGAUGGUUUUAUGCUUCUAGCAGGCCGAGUCAGGAAGCAGGAGGAAGUUGAUGUGAUUCAAGAAGUCCUUGAAAAACAUUUCAAGAAAAAAUUAUGUCCUCAGUCUCUUUUCUCCAAAGAAAAUGUCCUGAAGUUACUGGGUAAAUCAUCUACCCAGACAAAUCCAUUGGAGUCUAAGUUCAACCAUAUCGUAUGGACUGAAGGCAUGCGGAGAUUGGCAGUGCUAGUGGGAAGGGCAUUGGAAUUUGGUGAACCAGUGCUGCUGGUUGGAGACACUGGAUGUGGGAAAACUACAGUCUGCCAGAUGUUUGCAGCCUUGGCAAAUCAGACACUAUACUCAGUCAACUGCCACUUAAACAUGGAGACAUCCGACUUCCUGGGAGGGUUAAGGCCAGUGAGACAGAAGCUAAAUGACAAGGAAGAAUUGGACACAAGACUCUUUGAGUGGCAUGACGGGCCUCUGGUUCUGGCCGUCAAGGAGGACAGCUUUUUCCUCAUGGAUGAGAUCUCCUUGGCUGAUGACUCUGUACUGGAAAGACUGAAUAGUGUCCUUGAAGUGGAAAGGUCUCUGGUAUUAGCUGAGAAAGGCAGCCCAGAAGAUAGAGAUAGUGAAGUAGAGCUAUUGACUGCUGGAAAAAAUUUUCGUAUCUUAGCAACCAUGAACCCUGGGGGCGACUUUGGAAAAAAAGAGCUGUCUCCUGCUUUAAGAAACCGAUUUACAGAAAUAUGGUGCCCUCAAAGCACAAGGCGUGAAGAUUUAAUUCAAAUAAUAAAUCGCAAUCUUCGUCCUGGAUUGUCUCUGGGCAGAAUAGGUCAUAAAGGUGUUGACAUAGCUGAGGUGAUGCUGGAUUUCAUUGACUGGCUGACCCACCAGGAGUUUGGACAAAAGUGUGUGGUCAGUAUCAGAGAUAUCCUGUCUUGGGUUAACUUCAUGAACGCAAUGACGGAGGAAGCUGCUGUGAAAAGGCUAGAGACCAUCUCCACUGUGACGUCUUUUGUCCAUGCUGCAUGCCUCGUAUAUGUAGAUGGAAUAGGUUCUGGGGUAACUUCCUCCGGGUUUGGUACGGCCCUGUUGGCUCGAGAAGAAUGUCUGAAAUUCCUAAUAAAGAAACUUUCCAAAGUAGUUCGACUAACAGAAUGUCAGAGAAAUGAAUUGAAGAUUUAUGAUAGACUCAAGGCCAAAGAAUUUAUUGGUAUAGAUAACCUUUGGGGAAUUCACCCAUUUUUUAUACCAAGAGGACCUGUCCUGCAUAGGCAUAAUAUUGCAGACUAUGCACUCAGUGCGGGCACCACAGCUAUGAAUGCCCAGAGGCUUUUGAGAGCUACUAAAUUGAAUAAACCCAUUCUCCUGGAGGGUUCCCCCGGUGUUGGCAAGACGAGUUUGGUGGGAGCAUUAGCAAAGGCUUCAGGAAAUACUCUGGUUCGAAUCAACUUGUCAGAGCAAACGGAUAUCGCUGACCUGUUUGGAGCAGAUCUACCCGUUGAGGGGGGCAAAGGAGGAGAAUUUGCCUGGCGUGAUGGCCCCUUGCUUGCAGCUUUGAAGGCAGGCCAUUGGAUCGUGUUGGAUGAGCUUAACCUGGCUUCUCAGUCUGUACUGGAAGGACUUAAUGCUUGUUUUGACCACCGAGGAGAAAUCUUUGUGCCAGAGUUAGGCAUGAGCUUUCAAGUUCAGCAUGAAAAGACGAAGAUUUUUGGGUGUCAGAAUCCAUUUAGACAAGGAGGCGGGAGGAAGGGCUUGCCCAGGUCUUUCCUUAACAGAUUCACUCAGGUCUUUGUUGAUCCUCUUACAGUAAUUGACAUGGAGUUCAUUGCCAGUACUUUGUUCCCAGCUAUUGACAAAAAUAUUGUUAAGAAAAUGGUAGCUUUCAAUAACCAUAUUGAUCAUGAAGUGACUGUUGAGAAGAAGUGGGGACAAAAAGGAGGACCCUGGGAAUUCAACCUCCGAGAUCUUUUUCGCUGGUGUCAAUUGAUGCUGGUUGACCAAUCUCCUGGCUGCUAUAAUCCUGGUCAGCAUGUGUUUUUAAUUUAUGGUGAAAGAAUGAGAACCAAGGAGGACAAAGAAAAAGUCAUCACUGUGUUUAAGGAUGUGUUUGAUUCAGAUUCCAACCCUUACGUGGGUACUAGAUUAUUUCGUAUCACUCCCUUUGAUAUUCAGAUUGGCUACUCAGUCCUUUCCCGUGGCAGUUAUGUUCCUCACCCAUCCCGCAGACCUCUGUCACUGUUACACCAGUCAUUCCAAUCGCUGGAAUCCAUCAUGAAGUGUGUGCAGAUGAACUGGAUGGUCAUCCUUGUUGGGCCAGCCUCUGUGGGGAAAACCAGCCUGGUGCAGCUUUUGGCACACCUUACUGGCCACACUUUAAAGAUCAUGGCUAUGAACAGUGCAAUGGAUACUACUGAGCUUCUAGGUGGAUUUGAGCAGGUUGAUCUUAUUCGACCUUGGAGACAGCUGCUUGAAAAGGUGGAGCGAACUGUAAGGGCACUGCUGAGGGAUAGCCUUCUUGUCAGUGCAGAUGACGCAGAAGUAGUACUGCGAGCCUGGAGCCAUUUUCUUCUAACAUACAAACCAAAGAGUCUUGGCGAAGAUGGUAAAGGUGUCACCAUGGAGAUUAUGAACAAAUUGGAAGCAGUAUUAUUGCUUAUGCAGCGACUAAAUAAUAAAAUCAACUCAUACUCCAAGGCAGAGUUUGUCAAGCUGGUCGAAGAAUUCCGAAGUUUUGGGGUAAAGCUUAUGCAGUCAACCAGUGGCCAGAGUCAUGGCACUUUUGAAUGGGUUGACAGCAUGUUAGUUCAGGCUCUGAAGUCUGGAGAUUGGCUUCUGAUGGACAAUGUUAACUUCUGCAACCCAUCAGUGCUGGAUCGACUGAAUGGUUUGCUUGAGCCUGGAGGUGUCCUCACCAUCAAUGAGAGAGGAAUGGUAGAUGAAUCUACUUCCACAAUAACACCAAAUCCAGGUUUCAGGCUUUUUCUCUCGAUGGAUCCAGUUCAUGGAGAAAUUUCCCGAGCUAUGAGGAAUCGUGGACUUGAAAUCUACAUUUCAGAAGGUCAUGGAAGCCUCCCAGACAACCUGGAUUUGAAAAUUCUGUUGCAUAGCCUCGGGUUGGUGGGGGACAGUGUGUGUGACAUCCUCUUGGCUCUACACACAGAGAUUCAAAGCAUUAUUGUAGGUUCUCCAACAUCGUCUGUGUCAACUUUGAUUCAGACAGCCAUACUCAUCGUUCAGUACCUACAGCGGGGCCUAAGUGUAGACACAGCCUUUUCCAAAGCAUGCUGGGAAGUGUAUGUCUGCUGCCAGCAUUCAGCAACAAACCGGAAGCUUGUGCAGUCUUUACUGGAGAGUCAUAUUUCAUCUCUACAAGCACGGGAAACCUGGGGAAGCUCCAUUCUUGCCACAGGACUGUGGCCAGAUUCUAUGCCCUCAGCUCUCUUUGCAACAGAAGAUUCUCACCUCUCUGUUGUCCGAAGUGAUGGUCAGAUCCUGGCAUACUGCCUCAAUAGGAUGAGCCUGAAAACCAGCAGCUGGGCAAGGAGUCAGCCUCUUACUUUGCAAGACUUAGAGAAAAUUAUGCAGUCUGGUAACCCAGAGAACUUGAAAUUCAGUGCGGUAAAAGUGGAUACUUACUGGAUUGAUGAACCAGAUGUUUUGGCUAUGGCUGUUAAGUUGCUCAUAGAAAGGGCAACCAAUCAGGAUUGGAUGCUCAGAGUUAAGUGGCUUUGUCAUUUAGCCAAGAACAUACCACAGGGGCUUGAGUCAGUACAGAUCCAUCUGGAAGCCAGUGCCACAGCUCUCAAGAAUUUUUACUCAAAUUCUCUCUCAACAGAAGUCAGUAAUAUCUUGAAAAUAUUACAAGCAAAUAUAACAGAUGACUCUGUGAUCCUUCUGGACCCCCGAUGGAAUAUGCAGGCUUUGGACAUCAUUAGAAAUUCAGUAGACUUUGAUCCACAAGCAGACCAGUCUGAACAGCUUUUUGCCCUUUUAGAAUCAGUUGCAAACAAGACAAUUAUCUAUCUUGACCGGGAAAAAAGGAUUCUCACUGAAGCAAAUUUGAUAUCUGUUGAUAGUAAAAAGUUAAGAAAUAGUAUUUUGAGAAUGUCUUUCGAAUUCCAUAAAGAUCCAGAGAGCUAUCACAGCCUGCCCCAUGAAAUCGUGGUCAAUCUUGCUGCUUUUUUUGAACUUUGUGAUGCACUAAUCCUUCUAUGGGUGCAGUCCCCCCAGGGGAUGGUCUCUGACUCCAGUGUCAUUGAGAUCUUAGGUUCUGUUCGAUGGCGGGACCGGUUUUGGACUGUGGCUGAUACAGUAAAAGUGGAUGCCUCAGGUCUGGCUUUGCUUGCUCUCCACUGGCACUGGGUUUUGAAACAUUUGAUCCACCAAAUACCCCAACUCUUGGUGAAUUUUGAAGACAAAUAUUAUAAAGAGGUUCAGACUGUCUCCGAACAUAUUCAGAAUUGUCUGUGUAAUCCGGCUGGUGGUUUUGCUGGUGUAAAGAAAUUGCAGAAGUUCCUGGGACGACCAUUUCCUUUUAAGGACAAGCUGGUAGUGGAAUGUUUUUCACACCUGAAAGUCCUUAACAGAGCCCUUUCGGUCAGAGAGCGGUUACCUGUGUUUGGGGACCAUGGGUGGCAAGAAGACAUUAAUCGUCUCCAAGUGGUUGUUUCUGAAUGGACUUUGAAGAAAAGUCUUCUGCAGGCCUGGGGAUUGAUCCUCAGAGCCAACAUUCUGGAAAGUGUCAACCUAGAUGAAUUGAAGAAUCUUGUGAAUGCUCAAUGUUUAGAGCUAGAAGCCAGAGGACUUCGACUUCAUUUUUUGGAGAAAACACACGGUGAAGUUUCUUCCCCUUCCCAGCCAGACUUCAGAUCUUUAGUAUACCUCACUAGGCGUGUUCAGCUGUGGCCUGCAAUGGAGUACCUGGCUAUGCUAUGGCAGUACAAAGUGACAGCUGAUUUUAUGACAUGGGUUUGUCUGAGAAGGUCAAGGAAAAAUUGGCAGCUACAGAUAGAUGAGGAGAUAAGUCAUCACAUCAUAUUUUGUCUUAAGCACACACCAGUUGCAUCUGAAAAGCUUUGGAGCUUUUGGUCUUUGCUGUAUUACCAAAAGUUGUCUGUUGAAGAAGUGUCUUGUUUGUGGUCAGACUUACUUAGCUCUACAUUUACAUCUUUCUGGAGCAGUACUGUUACCAUGAAUCCAGAGUACUGGCUGACAUGGAGCCCUUUUCCCAAUACAGAACAGAAGGAGCUGCCCAAGUCACUUUUGGACUCCACAUUGAAGGGCCCUAGCAGCCUUUGUAGAGCUGUGUUCUCCAAAUGCUGCUUUGGAGUGUUAACCAGCAGCUACAGAGCAAGCUCCUGGGAUGUAAGUGGACUCCCCAUCCUGUCUUCCUCACAUGUCACCCUGGGAGAGUGGGCUGAGAGAGCCCAGCAGCUCCAGGACAUCAGCUCAUUGCUGUGGACCAACAUGGCUGUGCCUUCAGUAGCAGAAUUCAGACACACGGAUGUGCAACUCCAGGGACUAGUGCUGUGCCGGCACCUAGAGGGCCUUGCUGAGCUGCUACCAGAACCGCAGCAGCAGGAGUAUAUGCAGAAUUGUGAACACCUGCUUCUUGGGGACAGCCAAGCCUUCCAGCAUGUAGGGCAGAUUCUGGAGGACAUGAGUGGUCAGGAGGUACUGCCCAAGGAACUAUUCUGCCUCUUGCUUACCUCCCUGCACCACAUUUUUGGUGAAAGAGAGAAUAAGCAGAACCUUUCUGAACCAGCCCAGCGUGGGAGCCUCUGGGUGAGCCUUGGCUUACUUCAGAUUCAGACUUGGCUUCCCCAAGCACGCUUUGACCCUGCAGUGAAGAGGGAAUACAAGCUCAAGUACGCCCAAGAAGAGUUAUACCAGUUGCAACAUGAGUGGAAGACCCGGAACCUGUCAUCCCACCUACAGACAGGACGAGACCUAGAAGAUGAAGUCAUUGUCAAUCACUCUCAUCCUCACAUUAGGUUACUUCGCCAAAGAAUCAGUCAGCUGGAGAGUUUAAUCCACAGUUUGUCGAAGAAACAGGCCUUCAGACCCCAGCUACCUGCCCAUGAGUCCUUGAUGCAGGAGAUCCACCACUAUGUCACUAGCAUCGCCAAGACGACUGCCGUUCAGGAUCUUCUCAAGAGGCUCCUGCAGGCCCUCCACACAGGUGCACCACGAUCUGCCCAAGUGCUCCAGAACCUUCUGAAGGAGGAGGCUUCUUGGCAGCAGUCACACCACCAGUUCAGGAAGAGGCUGUUGGAGGAAUAUGCCUUGUAUCCAGAUAUUGUGACUCCACUACAGGCAUCUAUCUUGCAGUUGCAACAUGGCAUGAGGCUGGUGGCAUCUGAAGUCCAUGCCUCCUCCUAUAGCAGUGUGAUCUGUGCAGAUAAGCUAGGGGCCCUGGCCAUGGCUGUGCUAGCUUUCCCAUCUGUGGGGCCCACCUUCCCUACCUACCAUGCUCAUGCAGAUGCUUUAUGCUCAACGAACUCACUGGAUGCUCUGCAGUGUCUUAGGAAACUGAUUGCCAAGCGUUUGGGAGGAAAGGAGGUAGAAGGCAAGAGCCAGCAACCUUGCCCUAACCGGGAGCAGUUGCUGAUGAAUGCCCUCCUUUACCUGCGCUCCCAUGUGCUAUGCAAGGGAGAGCUGGACCAGAGGGCCCUGUUGCUCUUCAGACAUGUGUGUCAGGAGAUUAUCAAUGAGUGGGAUGAGCAGGAGUGCAUGGCUCAAGAGAAGGCAGAGCAAGAGAGCAGCCUGUACAGAUACCGGAACAGGAGCUCCAGGACAGCCUUGAGCGAGGAAGAGGAGGAAGAAUGCGAGUUCAGGAAAUUGUUCCCACUGCAUGAAAAGGACUUUGCAGAUAUUUUAAUGGAACGAACACUAGAGGAGAAAAAAGGAACUUCAGAUGAACAAGAGGAGGGGGCAGCCGCAGACCCAGCUCUGCUCUCCCAGAGUUCAAUGCAAGCAGUGAUGCUGAUACACCAGCAGUUGUGCCUCAUCUUUGCUCGCUCUCUUUGGUACCAACAGACUGUGCCACCACAUGAGACAAAGCACUACCUCAGCCUGUUUCUGUCCUGCUACCAGACUGGGACAUCUCUGGUGACGCACUUCUACCCUCUGAUGGGAGCUGAGCUGAAUAACCAGCUCUUGGGCAGCCAACUUUUGGCCUGUACUCUAUCCUAUAACACUCUGUUUGGGGAGGCAACCUCUGACCUGAUGAUGAGGCCUGAUGGGCCCUAUGAUUUCUACCAUCACCCCAAUGUGGCAGAAGCACGGCAGUGCCAACCUGUGCUUCAAGGCUUCUCAGAGGCUGUCAGUCGGUUGCUUCAAGACUGGCCAGAGCACCCCACACUUCAGCAGUUGCUGGUUGUAAUGGACAGAAUUCGUAGUUUUCCGCUUUCUAGUCCUAUCUCAAAGCUCCUGAAUGGCCUAGAGAUCCUGCUGGCAAAGUCACAAGAUUGGGAGGAGAAUGCAAGCCAGGCUUUGUCUCUCCGGAAACAUAUUGAUUUGGUCAGUCAAAUGAUCAUUCGGUGGCGUAAGCUGGAGCUGAACUGCUGGUCCAUGAGUUUGGAUAAUACCAUGAAACGCCAUACUGAGAAAUCCACCAAGCACUGGUUUUCCAUCUAUCAGAUGCUUGAGAAGCACAUGCAGGAACGCACAGAGCAGAGGGAGGAUGACAAACAGAUGACCCUGAUGUUGCUGGUCACUACAUUACAAGCAUUCAUUGAAGGAUCUUCGCUAGGAGAAUUCCAUGUACGACUCCAGAUGUUGCUGGUUUUCCAUUGUCAUGUCUUGCUGAUGCCUCAAGUUGAAGGAAAAGAUUCACUUUGCAGUGUUCUGUGGAAUUUGUACCAUUAUUACAAGCAGUUUCUUGGUGGGGUCCAGGCCAAAAUUGCGGAACUUCGUUCUCCCAUAGAAAAAGAGCUUAAAGAAUUUGUUAAGAUAUCGAAGUGGAAUGAUGUCAGCUUCUGGUCCAUUAAACAAUCUGUGGAAAAGACACAUAGGACCCUGUUUAAAUUCAUGAAGAAGUUUGAAGCUGUCCUGAAUGAACCCUGUCGGUCAUGCCUGGUGGAGAGUGAUAAGGAAGAACAGCCUGACUGUUUGCCUGAGUCAACAGAGGAAGCUGCAAGCAAGGCGUCUCCCAUUCAGGGUCUGAACAGGACACUGAGGGAGACCCUGUUAGCACAACCAGCAGUAUGGCAGGCCUCAAUUGCAGAGCAGUGUCAGAAUUCUGGUACUUUCUCUGUGGAGGGAGAACUUCUGCGUCGCUUGCCAAGGCUCUUGAAACGAAUGAGGAAGAUGUGCCUGACAUUCAUGAAGGAGAGCCCCCUGCCCUACCUAGUAGAAGGCCUCGACCAGUUCAUUGGUGAAGUAAUUUCCUCUGUAAAUGAGCUGCAGAGCUUAAAGGUGGAGCCCUCUGCAGAGAAAGAGAAACAGCGGUCAGAAGCCAAGCAUAUUCUCAUGCAGAAACAACGAGCCUUAUCAGACCUCUUUAAACACCUUGCAAAAACUGGUUUGUCAUAUCGAAAAGGUCUUGCCUGGGCCCGUUCAAAAAGUCCUUCAGAGGUGCUUCAUCUUCACCCAUUAGAUCUCCAGAGUGCAUUGUCUAUAGUGAACAGCACUCAAGAGGGUGAUUCUAGGCUCCUUACAGAAAUCUCAUCCUUGUGGGAUGGGUGCCAGAAGUAUUUCUAUCGCUCUCUUGCACGGCACACCAAGCUUACCGCAGCCUUAGCAACUCCUGCCAAGGAGAUGGGCAUGGGCACCAUUGAGAGAUGUAAAGGGUUCUCAGCACAUUUGAUGAAGAUGCUAGUCCAACAGCGCCGCUCCUUGACCAUCCUGACUGAGCAGUGGAUCAUCCUCAGGAACCUCCUCAGCUGUGUACGGGAGAUUUACAGCAGGCUGACUGGGCCCCUAGUCUAUCCUGUGGCCUUCCCACCUCAGGACAGUGUGCAGCAGUGGACAGAGCGGCUACAGCACUUGGCCAUGCAGAGCCAAAUUCUGCUGGAGCAACUUUCCUGGUUUUUCCAGUGCUGUCCCAAUGCAGGGCCAAUUGAAGGCCAUAGCAAUGCGCCAGUGCAGGGGCAGUCUGUUGCCCCAUACCCUGAAACAGCAGAGCUGACCAAGGGACAGGCAUCUGAUGCAGUGCCAGACUUAAUUCGCUCUGAUCUAAGCUACCCAUCCCCAGUACCUGGAUAUCAGCUGCCAUCUGGUUGCCGAAUGCGGAAGCAAGACCAGCUUUGGCAACAGUCAACUAUAGGGUUGACAGAGAUGCUAAAAACUGUUAAAACUAUGAAAGCCAAUGUUGACAAAAUUAGGCAGCAGUCCUGUGAGACUCUCUUUCAUUCUUGGAAAGAUUUUGAAGUUUGCUCUUCUGGGCUGAGUUGCCUAUCCCAGGUGUCAGCUUAUUUGCAAGGCCUAGAGUCCUUGUUCAUUCUUCCAGGGAUAGAGGUUGAGCAAACAGACCAACAAAUGGUAUUAGUCGAAAGCCUAAAAUAUAUAAGAAGAGAAAUCGAUAAAGCUGUAGAUGACUUUACUACCUGGAAAGCACGUCUGUUCAUUUCAAGCAAUCAAGGAGGAAACCAGUUGUUGGAAGAAAGCUUUGUUGAAGAUUUCUCAGAACAAGUAGAAACUGCCAUCCAGGCCAUCCUCUGUGCCAUCCAGAACUUAGCAGAGAGAAACAAUAAAAAGGCAGGGGAGAGCACCAACCAAAGACGACCACAAGAAGAGGAUGAUGUGUCAGGAAUGAAAGAAGAAGGUUUUGAGAGACUGCAGCCAGGGCAUCUGACAAAACUCUUAGAGGAUGACUUCUGGGCCAUUGUGAGCACUUUGCAUGUUCAGAAAAUAAUUUCUUCCAUCUCAGAGCUGUUGGAGAGGUUGAAAUCCUGCAGUGAAGAUGGGAACACAACCAAACACAUGGUCUUCCAGCACUCCUGCUGCCUGCUGGUGCGCUUAGUGCCCAUGCUCUGCAGCUUCUCAGACCUCAUCCUCUUCUUCCUGUCUAUAUCUCUGGCAACUCAUCGGAGCACUGCAAAACUGCUCUCUGUGCUUGCCCAGAUCUUCACAGAACUCUCCCAGAAGGGAUUUUGCUUGCCUAAAGAGUUUAUGGAUGAUUCAGCAGGAGAGGGAGCGACUGAGUUUCAUGACUACGAAGGAGGUGGGAUUGGAGAUGGUGAGGGCAUGAAGGAUGUGAGCGACCGGAUAGAAAGUGAGGAACAGGUAGAAGAUACAUUUCAGAAGGGUCAAGAAAAGAAGGAAGAAGAGCACUCAAAGUCUGAUAUUAAGGGCGAGGAUAAUGCCAUUGAGAUGUCAGAGGACUUUGACGGGAAAAUGCAUGAUGGAGAGCUGGAAGAACAAGAAGAGGAUGAUGAGAAAUCAGAUAAUGAGGACAGAGACCUGGAUAAGCAGAUGGGUGAGCUCAAUGGUGAGGAAGCUGACAAGCUAGAUGAGAGACUUUGGGGCGAUGAGGAAGAAGAAGAUGAAGAAGAAGACAGUAAAACUGAAGAGACAGGACCAGGAAUGGAUGAGGAAGAUUCUGAACUUGUUGCUAAAGAUGACAACUUGGAUGCUGGGAAUUUGAACAAACAUAAAAAACAUCAAAAUGAGAAAGAAUCAGAAUCUGAAGAUGUUGAACAAGGCCAAGAGAAAAUUAAUGAACAAAUUGAUGAGAGGGAAUAUGAUGAGAAUGAGGUCGACCCUUACCAUGGCAAUCAGGAAAAGCUGCCAGAACCUGAGGCCUUGGACCUUCCAGAUGACUUGAAACUUGACAGUGAGGACAAAAAUGCUGGUGAGGAUACAGACAAUGAGGAAGGAGAAGAAGAGAAUCCUUUAGAGAUCAAAGAAAAGCCAAUGGAUAUGGAAGAAGCAGGUCAUGAAAUGGAAGAAAUCAAUGAAGAAACUAAGCAGAAUGAAGGUGGAGGUCCACAGGAGCUUGACGAGGGCCCCAGUGAAUCUGACAGGAUGGAAGGUGAGGAGCAGAUGGACACAGGAUCUGAUAAUGAAGAGAAAGAUGCUGCUGACCAUCCAGAGGAAAACUCAGAAGAGCAACAACAGUCUCUAGAGGAAGAAGAGAGAGAGGCCACUGAGGAAAGUGGAGAGAAUGAUGGCAGCCCUGUUGACCCAGGGCUCCAGCCUCAGAAGCAGGAAGAGGAAGGGGAGAAGUCUGACACCGAGGAGCAGGUGCCAGAGGCUACCGAGAAGAAGGAACAUACUUCCUAUGGGCAGACUGGUGUGGAUAGUGUGCAGAGUGCACAGGCUGUGGAACUGGCAGGGCCUGCACCAGAGAAGGAGCCCGGGAAAGAGGAGAAUGGAAGUGGAACUGCGGAUGCAAACCAGGCAGAAGGCCAUGAAUCCAACUUCAUCGCACGUUUGGCCUCCCAGCAACACACCAGGAAAAAUACACAGAGUUUUAAGAGGAAACCUGGGCAGGCUGACAAUGAACGCUGCAUGGGUGACCACAGUGAGCGUGUGCAUAAGAGACUGAAGACUGUGGAUACAGACAGCCAGGCUGAGCAGGGGCCAGCCCGGCCUCAGGCUCAGGUGGAAGAUGCAGAUACAUUUGAACAUAUUAAACAAGGCAGUGACAGUUAUGACACACAGACCUAUGAUGUGGCCAGUAAUGAGCAACAACAGAGUGCAAAAGAUCCUGGCCAGGACCAGGAAGAGGAGGAAGCAGAGGAUCUCCUCAUGGAAACAGAAGAGGAGUUGCUUAGAACAGAGGACACAGAGCAGCUGAAGCCAGAGGAAGUCAAGUCAUAUAGCACAACAGCUUCUGGCUUUAAUGAGAUAGAGAUGGAGACUCAGACAGUUCAAACAAAAGAAGAACAAGACCAGACGACAGACUCAUCCCGCCAAGAUAUAGAGAAUGAAAGGCCAGAGAGAAGGCAAGAUUCAACUAUUCAUACACUCCAUCAAUUCCUUGUGGACACAGUUUUCCAGCCCUUUUUAAAAGAUGUCAAUGAGCUGAGACAGGAGAUGGAGCAACAACUGGAGACAUGGCAGUCACUGGAAUGUGGUAGUUCAGAAGAAGAGAAGGCUGCAGCUGAGAUGUGGCAGAGUUACCUAGUCUUAACUGCACCUCUUUCACAACAAUUGUGUGAGCAGCUUCGUCUCAUAUUAGAGCCUACCCAGGCAGCCAAGUUGAAAGGAGACUAUCGAACGGGGAAGCGGCUGAACAUGCGGAAGGUCAUUCCAUAUAUUGCCAGUCAAUUUCGGAAAGACAAGAUUUGGCUUCGAAGGACCAAGCCCAGUAAACGACAAUACCAGAUUUGUUUGGCUAUUGAUGACUCUUCUAGCAUGGUAGACAACCACACUAAACAGCUUGCAUUUGAGUCCUUGGCUGUGAUUGGAAAUGCUUUGACUCUCCUGGAAGUGGGUCAGAUUGCAGUGUGCAGUUUUGGGGAGUCAGUAAAGCUGUUGCACCCAUUCCACGAGCAGUUCAGUGAUUAUUCGGGGUCCCAGAUUCUCCGGCUCUGCAAAUUCCAACAAAAGAAAACCAAGAUUGCGCAGUUUCUAGAAUCUGUAGCUAACAUGUUUGCAGCUGCUCAGCAACUAUCACAAAACUUCAAUCCAGAAACUGCACAGCUUCUCCUAAUAGUCUCUGAUGGACGGGGCCUUUUCCUUGAGGGCAAAGAAAGAGUCCUGGCAGCAGUUCAGGCUGCCCAGAAUGCUAACAUCUUUGUUAUUUUUGUUGUGUUGGAUAAUCCUAAUUCACGGGAUUCUAUCUUGGACAUUAAAGUACCAAUAUUUAAAGGACCUGGAGAGAUGCCUGAAAUCCGAUCCUACAUGGAGGAGUUCCCAUUUCCAUUCUACAUCAUUCUUCGAGAUGUGAAUGCACUUCCUGAGACCCUCAGUGAUGCCCUCAGGCAGUGGUUUGAGCUUGUGACAGCAUCUGACUACUCCUAAAGCUGAAGGAGCAGCCCACAGCAAGGCUGGGGACCAUAGCACCUUCCCAGUGUUCCCUUUUGGACAGCGGUCUCUGAACUUGAAGCUCUAGAGUAGAGUCUGAUACUAUAUUAUGUUAUGUUAUGUUAUGUUAGAUCCAAUUUUGUUUAAUGUAUCCAACAGCUGUACUGUACAUUUGUAUUUACAGCAUACUAGAGCUUAGAGGACACUCUGGGACUCCCUGUUGUGCUUAGGCAUAGCCCCUUCACAGACGGGCAGAGAAUGCGCACAACCAGCAACAGGACUGCUGACUGGGGGCUGCCUGUCAUCCCCAGGGCCCUUUUCUGAAGCCCAGCCAUUUGCUUUCCUCAGACUGGACUGUGCUAACCCUGUAGACAAAGGAUUAGAGGGAGCUGCCCUUUGAAUGAUGCUUUAAGCUCUGCCUUGGCAAGCCCAUGGUGUGGGCCCCAAACCUAUCAUGUUGAGUCCCUUGGUUGGGUGCUUCUUACCAUGCUUUUUGUGAAAUGAACUACCUUCUCUUUAGAGAGCAGGAAACUUACGGGGUAUGUGCUCUCAUAAAGCAACCAGCAUUAUGGGAGCCAAAGCAAUCCGCAGAGAUGGUGGACAAGCUGAGUAAAAACCAAGCAGCUUUCCAUCGUCCUUUACAGAUGCUGCUUCAGGAGACCAUGCAAUAAUGCAAAGAUGCUUCCCUUUAUCUCAUUCUCUUACUGCCAUCAUCCCAUGUUGUAAUUUAUUUCUUUAGUUCCUUCCCCCUCAGAUGUUACUGGGAAGAAUCAUUCCUCACACUGCUUUCAAGCUGCACUGAGCCAGUCUCACUGUGGGAAAGAAAUGCUGUAUCCACACGAAACACAGCAGUGGUGGUUGUUUUGGUGGCAGCUUUUACUUGGCCAGAAAGCAGUGCUUGAAUACUUGAAAUUGUGUGCUGUGUUAUAUUUAAUGUUCUGUCCAAAUGUUCUUUGUAGGCAGUAUGCCACACACAAUCACCUGUUGUCAUGUCUGUUUGCAGGUUACACCGUGAAAUCCGUCACCUUAUGCAGUGUUCAUCAAAGACAGAUUGCUUAUUGUUUUACUAAAGCAUGUACUUAGUUAUAUUAUUUUUUAUUCUAAAAAGCUAUGCAGCUUAUAUUCUAAAGAUUAAAGCAUAAAGCAAUUGUUGAGUUAA